UAGUUUAGUAAGACGCCGUCGCGCGCGCACGCGACUGACGGGGGAGCGUUGUUCAUCGUUCAGUAUUGCUUUCGAUCGCGUUUUAUGUGAGUGCCACGUAUAUAAUUGCAGUAAUGUCAUUGAGUAAUGAAGAUGCGACACCACCGCCGAAUAAAAAGAUGAUGACUUGUGCAAAUGUAUCAGAACAGGCGCAUCAUGUAUCCAGAGCAAAACGGGGACAAGCAAUCGGGAAUAUUCGAGGCUUUCGAGGUUGCACAGUAUGGCUAACUGGACUCUCAGGUGCUGGCAAGACUUCCAUUUCGUUCCAGGUGGAGGCUAUCUUGGUGAAUCACGGUAUUCCAGCUUACGGUCUAGACGGCGAUAAUGUCAGAAGCGGUCUGAAUUGCAAUCUGACCUUUAGCAAACAAGAUAGAAAGGAAAAUAUUAGAAGAGUAGCCGAAGUAGCUAAACUCUUUGCUGAUAGCGGACAAAUUUGUCUCUGCAGUUUUGUCUCGCCUUUCGAGGAAGAUAGACAGAUGGCAAGGCAAAUUCAUAGAAAAGCUGACUUGCCCUUUUUUGAGGUAUUUGUAGAUACACCCUUGCAGGUUUGCGAAGCUCGUGACACCAAGGGCCUUUAUAAAAAAGCUCGGCAAGGCACCAUUAAGGGUUUCACUGGCAUUGAUCAAAUGUAUGAGAGACCUACAAAAUCUGAUUUAGUUGUUAAAACCGAGGAUUGCACUCCUGAAGAAUCUGCCGCGACUGUAAUCGAAUUUUUAGAGAAGCAUCAUAUCAUUCCACAUAUUGAAAAAUUUUCAAACCCGAUCAGGGAACUGUUUGUGCCGGAAUCAAAACUAGCUUCCACAAAAAUAGAAGCAGAAACUCUGCAAAGUGUAGAGAUCAAUGAACUUGAUGUGCAGUGGCUUCAAAUUCUGGCAGAAGGAUGGGCGUCGCCCUUAACAGGCUUCAUGAGGGAGUAUCAGUAUCUUCAGGCUCAACAUCUACGAUGUUUGCUUGAAAAUGGCAAAGAAAUCAAUCAAUCGGUACCAAUUGUUCUCGCGAUAAACACAGCUGAUAAGAAUCGUUUGGAAGAUUCUUUUGCCGUAACCUUGAGACAUAGAGGCAAAAUUUUAGCAAUUCUACGAAGACCAGAAUUUUAUUUUCAUCGAAAAGAGGAGCGUUGCAGUUGGCAGUUUGGUACAAACAACUUGGGUCAUCCAUAUGUCAGAAUGAUUUAUGAUUCUGGUGAUUGGCUGAUGGGCGGUGAUCUCGAAGUGUUGGAAAGAAUUAGGUGGUACGACGGACUCGAUAAAUACAGACUUACGCCGAACGAGAUUCGCGCCAAAUGUCGAAAAAUGAAGGCUGAUGCAGUGUUUGCCUUUCAAUUAAGAAAUCCCAUUCAUAAUGGACAUGUGCUGCUUAUACAAGAUACAAGGAGACGGCUGCUGGAAGAGCAGGGCUUCAAAAAUCCAGUGCUUUUACUUCACCCACUAGGUGGUUGGACAAAAGAUGAUGAUGUACCUUUACAUACCAGAAUCCUACAACAUAAAGCAAUUUUGGACGAAGGUGUGCUAGAUGUCGAUUCUACAUUGCUAGCUAUCUUUCCCAGUCCAAUGAUGUAUGCUGGACCAAUUGAGGUACAAUGGCAUGCAAAGGCAAGGAUGAAUGCUGGUGCUAACUUCUACAUUGUAGGCAGGGAUCCUGCGGGUAUACCACAUCCCAAUAAAGAUGCUACGCCUGAUGGUAACCUGUACGAUCCUAAUCAUGGUGCCAAAGUGCUGUCUAUGGCUCGAGGUCUUCAUAAUCUCGAAAUAAUCCCCUUCAAGGUAGCUGCCUACAAUACACAAACUGGUAAGAUGGCAUUCUACGAACCAGAACGGAAGCAAGAUUUUGAAUUUAUUUCAGGAACCAAAAUGCGAGGAUUAGCGAAAACAGGUCAAAAUCUUCCCAAUGGUUUCAUGACACCUAAGGCAUGGCAAGUGCUUGUGCAAUACUAUCAAAGUUUAGAUAAAAAAUAAAUUUAGGCUUGCUAGGGUAACAAAUAGAUAACAAGAAUUUGAUUUUCAGACAAUUUUAAAAUGAAGUUUUAUUAUAUCUUACUUAAAAUGUGUUUUU